GAAACUGAAUCCGGACCUACAACGCAUGCCAAACGUGCGGAAGACAACCACGUCAUUUCCUGGUCAUUUCUGAAGUAAAACACAGUCAGAUCUGCGAUUACCGUCGAGAUGGCUUCGGAUUCCGUGACCCCCGCCGCUCCCGAUUGGCGGGCCCGGUGCAAAGCUAAGAAGCAGCAACAACAGGAGGCCAUUCCACGCGCAUGGCUCAUUGAAACGCCCCCCGACGACGUCCUGAAUGUUCUGGACGUCCCAUACAAGUGCGGGCUGCUAACGCCGCGCGAGAUUGAGAUCACUGACACCACCGACGUCGGCGCUCUCCUGAGCAAGCUGGCCUCCGGCCAAUGGUCCUCCGUCGAAGUGACCACCGCAUUCUACAAGCGGGCCAUCAUCGCACAGCAACUUACCAACUGUCUAACGGAAAUAUUCGUCGAGCGAGCGCUGCAGCGUGCACAGGAAGUCGAUGACCACCUCAAAGUCACCGGCAAAGUCAUGGGGCCCCUCCAUGGCCUCCCCAUCUCCCUCAAAGACCAGUUCAAGAUCAAAGGCCUAGAAACGACCAUGGGCUAUGCCUCAUGGAUUGGUAAAUAUGCCGACUCGGACUCGGUCCUUACGCAGAUCCUAUACGAGUGUGGCGCCGUUCCGUUCGUCCGAACUAACGUCUGCCAGACUUUGAAUUGGGGCGAGACAUUCAAUCACGUCUUCGGGCGGACGACAAAUCCAUGGAACCGCUACCUGACCUGCGGCGGCUCUUCCGGUGGCGAGGGUGCACUCGUCGCCAUGAAAGGGAGUCCUCUCGGUAUUGGUACAGACAUCGGGGGCUCAGUCCGGAUACCCAGCGCGUUCUGUGGCUUGUACACCCUCCGCCCCUCGUACGAGCGUCUGCCGUACGCGGGGGCGGUGAACUCGCAGGAAGGCCAGGAAUCCAUUUCGUCUGUCCCAGGGCCCAUGACCAACGCGGUGUCCGGUGUGAAACUCUUCAUGAAGGCGGUACUCGAUUCUAAGCCGUGGAAUAAGGACCCGCUGGCUGUCCGCAAAGAAUGGUCAGACAAGGAGUAUGCCCUCAGCGAACAUGGUGGAGGGGGACAGCUUUCUUUUGCUAUCAUGUGGGACAACGGCCUGUUGAAACCUCACCCUCCGCUCUGGCGUGCCAUGCGGAUGUGCAAGGCUGCGCUUGAGGAUGCUGGACAUAAAGUCAUCGACUGGCAGCCAUACCAGAUGUUGGAGAUAUUCAGAAACGCGGAGAGCAUAUACGCCGCAGACGGGGGGCAUGACUUCCACGUUGUAUGUGAGGAGUCGGGCGAGCCCGUUAUUCAAACCAUGAGCCCCGACACCAACAAGCACGAUCUAGCGCUAGACGAGCCGCUCGUGCAGACCGUCCUCGGCCCCGAGAAGAAGAUGCUGACGGCUUGGGAGCUGUGGCAACUGCACAAGGAGAAGAGGUCGCUACGGAAGGCGCAGCUGGACCACUGGCAAGCUACUGCAAACCAAACUGGUACUGGCAGACCCGUGGACGCCAUAAUAUCGCCGGCAGCUCCCUACGUUGCACCCCCUCACGGCCUAAACAACGACUAUUUUUAUACGACCUUCUGUAAUGCGAUGGACUACGCUACGUCUGUUGUCCCUGUGACUUUCGUCGACGAGGAGCUGGACAGACCUGUUCCCCCUCACGAAUUCUACAAUCACCAUGACGAAGCCAACUAUAAGUUGUAUGACCCAAAGCUCUUCCACGGUGCUCCCGUUGGACUGCAACUGAUUGGCCGGACCUUGGAGGAGGAGGCCGUCAUUGCCAUGACAGAAAUAUUGGAUAACGCACUAGGGAAGUACAGAGCGGCAGCACGGGAAUAGUCAUACAAUUUAUAGAGAAAGAAGUGAAGCAGUUGUAUGAGUACAGCAUAAACCAAUAAGUGCAAUUGAUGAAAUGAAUACCAGUGGUACAGUCCUGCGGUGGCUAUGUAAUAGAACACUGCGUACCCUCUCUACUUACGGAAUCUAUCAAGAAGGUCCUCCACUUUCGCUUUCCUUCGACGUUGUUCAGAAACUAUGAAGCUCUGCGGGAACCACUCAGAAAGGCAAGUUUCCUUCUCAACGCCCAGCACCAUAUAUGCGAGGCCCUUCCCACUCAUCCAAGCAUGAGGCAUACCUUCACCACUAUAACCAGCGGAUAUCCAUUCGGAGGGGACAGAGGUAAGUCGACUUUUGUCAGGCAACGGGAGAGGACGACGCCGGCCUGUCGAUCUGGGAGGGAGACGCCCCACCCAAGGCCUCCCGUCGACGGAGAUACCCAGAAUACCCGUCCAGAACGCUUUCAUUCUACCUUGGGGCCAGUCCACUUCAUCGCGAUCGGAUGAUUUGGAUGGAACGGCUUCUGCGCCCCAGUUCGAUGGGCCGAAGUAGAGCGGCAGCGCGCCUCCGAGGUUGUUUGUAAUGCCCCAAUUUAAUGACCCGUCGUCCAUGUCUGCUAUCUCUGACAGACCAUUCUUAUUAGCCUGUGCAAAGCCCCCACCAAACAUCAGUUCGUGUUCUCCGUCCGGUAGCUGGGUAAGAUAGUCAUAUCCUUGGUCCCGAUAGAAGAUGUGUGCGCGGUACCCAUCUCGGGUGGACCGAGCGAGAGACUGCCCUGGCC